CUUUGAGUGUGUUCCCGCAGUUUGUAGCAUUUGGCGGAUGCAGAGAGCGUUAUGGGGGGACCAAUAUCUUGACCCCUCUGAAAUCUCGUCACAGCCCUUCCCGAUGUGGCCAACUUGACACUGAUGUCGGCUCAGAACAGAUCCUUCACGGUGGCCUGGGAGCGGCCCGAGGCUAACUUCGACUACUACCGAGUCGAGGUAACCGGCAGUAACAGCGCGACUAAUGCCACUGUCGAACCGGAUCUCCUCGGCUCCUGUGCAAAUGGCUCCAUCGUCGACGCAAGCCAGACGCGACUCACCUGCGAUCACGUGGAGGAUGGCACCAAGGUCACCUUCAGAAUACGUACCCACGCAAGGGGACCUCCUGAACGGGCAUCUCCGGGAGUAGCCCUCGAGGGCAUCGUCAUCCCCUGGCAAGCCCUUCCCGAUGUGGCCAACCUGACAAUGGUAUCGGCUCAGAACAGAUCCUUCACGGUGGCCUGGGAGCGGCCCGAGGCCAACUUCGACUACUACCGAGUCGAGGUAACCGGCAGCAGCAGCGCCAGUAAUGCCACUGUCGGACCCGAUCUCCUCGGCUCCUGUGUAUAUGGCUCCAUGGUCGACGCAAACCAGACGCGACUCACCUGCGAUCACGUUAAGGAGUGCACCGAGGUCACCUUCAGAAUACGUACCCACGCAAGGGGGCCUCCUGAACGGGCAUCUUCGGGAGUUGCCCUCGAGGACAUCGUCAUCCCCUGGCAAGACUCCCCGAACAACCUGACCAUACUCCCGAUAACACCGUCGCUGAGCCGACUACAAUGGGAACCGCCUAUAAACGUGUCCGACAUCCUCCGUGGAUACACGGUGAGGAUAUGCGACAGGUACGGGACGUGUGACGCCGAGCCGGACUUGGACGGCUGUGUUGAAUAUAGCACGUUGAAUAACUGGCUGGACUUCGAGACAACGGAACAGGCACUGUACUGCGUCGUGGUGAAGGCCAGCGCAUGGUGCAGCGGUCACGUUCUCCCAGGCAGUCCUGCCCAGGCGGAGGUCAUGGCGCCCCUUUUCGGCCUUCCUGAUGUGGUCAACCUGAGACUGAUAUCGGCUCGGAACAGAUCCUUCACGGUGUCCUGGGAGCGGCCCGAGGUUGACUUCGACUACUACCGGGUCGAGGUCACCGACAGCAGCGGCGCCAGUAAUGCCACUGUCGCACCGGAUCUCCUCGGCUCCUGUGCAAAUGGCUCCAUCGUCGGAGCAAACCAGACGCGAGUCACCUGCGAUCACGUUGAGGACUGCACCGACGUCACCUUCAAGAUACGUGGAUACACAAGGGGACCUCCUGAGCGGACAUCUUCUGAUGUUGUCCUCGAGGGCAUCGUCAUCCCCGGGCCAGUCCCAGACUCCCCGAACAACCUGACCGUACUACCGAUAUCAUCGUCGCUGAGCCGACUACAAUGGGAACCGCCUACAAACGUGCCCGGCGGCCUCGGUGAAUACACGGUGAGGAUAUGCAACUGGUACUGGCCAUGUGACGCCGAGCCAGACAUGUCUGGUUGUGAUGAACAUCGCACGUCAGACAACUGGCUGGACUUCGAGACAACGGAAGGGAGACCGUACUGCGUUUUGGUGAGGGCCAGCGCAUGGUGCUAUGAUCACGUGGUCAUGGGCAGUCCAGCCCCGGCUGAGGUCAUGGCGCCCUUUAUCGGUGGGGCUCGGCAGUGAGGAACGAGAUAACCAGCACAAUCACACGGAACAGCAGUCCUCCCAACUGCGCAGUAAAGGCUGCGCUCGCACUGAUCUACAACAGGGCAAGAGCUCCAGCCAAUGUGUCCUGCUGCGCUGCAUCAGUCGUCGUGGCUGAGAUCGACGUCUAUUUACGACGUCUUACCAGCUCGAACACCAUCCGCAAAAGCAUUUUUACUGCACGCAUUUACUUUCGCGCACACUACAGCUGACAUCAUUGUAUUUGCCGUCAAGGCUUCUUUUCUUGGGUCAUAUUUAAUAAAACUUAACC